AUGGCUUCAAUACUCAACUUGUGCUCAGAGACACGAUCACGAUUUUUUGUACCAAGCCCUCCAUCAGAUUCCAAUGAUUGGUCGUACCGACGUGAAGGAGUAUGAGCUUUCGCAGUUGUCAAAGCAGCGUUUUCAGGUACAGCUUUAGGUUUCCUCUUUACAACCAGUUGAACUUCUCGUCCAGGGCUCCAUUUAACUGAACUGAAUUUUCGCCGGUCGGACUCAGGUGUGUGCAAUCGAGGGUCAGUAGAUUCACUGGCAAGUAGUUUGGCAUUCACUGCGAGAUAUGAUACAAUAAAGAAACUGAUAAUUAUUGGGGCUGACAAAUUAACUUUCAACAAAUCUGCUGCUCAAAUGAGGGGGUGGUUUUCGAGUAAUCGAAAUGGUCGAUAG